CGGCACUUUUGUUUCUCCAAAACUUUAAAGUCUUGGUUGAAUAUUAAACAAUGAAAAUGCCGUGCAGCCCUCUGAAUAUCGGCGAUCAGUUUCCCAACUUCGAGGCCGAGACUAGUGUGGGAAAAAUAGACUUUUACGAUUGGAUGAACGAUUCGUGGGCCAUUCUCUUCUCGCAUCCGGCCGACUUUACGCCGGUGUGCACUACAGAGCUGGCCCGAGUGGCUGCAUUGAUUCCAGAGUUCCUAAAGCGUGGUGUGAAGCCCAUUGCCUUGUCCUGUGACACUGUGGAGUCGCACAAGGGCUGGAUUGAAGACAUCAAAAGCUUUGGCAAAUUGACCAGUUUUGAGUAUCCCAUCAUUGCUGAUGACAAGCGCUUGCUGGCGCACCAGCUCUCAAUGCUGGACAAGGAUGAGCUGAAUGCGGAUGGCCUUCCUCUGACCUGCCGUGCCGUGUUUAUCGUUGAUGAAAAGAAGAAAUUGCGUCUUUCCAUUUUGUAUCCUGCUACCACCGGACGCAAUUUCGAUGAAAUCCUACGCGUCAUCGAUUCGCUGCAGUUGACCCAGACGAAGAGCGUGGCCACUCCAGCCGACUGGCAACAGGGAGGCAAAUGCAUGGUGCUGCCCACCGUUAAGGGAGAAGAUGUUCCGAAUCUCUUCCCCAAGGGCAUUGAGACCAUUGAGGUGCCAUCCGGCAAGGGUUAUCUUCGCACCACUCCACAGCCCUAAGAGCGAACAUUCCGAACACAUUGUUUUGAAACAUGACUUUAUUACAAAAAUUAUAAUUAAUAACAAUAAAAAUAAUGCACAAUAAA